ACACUUUUCGUUUUAAAAUGCAGUAUAUAAACUGCAGACCUACUGUGAGUAGAAUAUCACUUACCAACAAACACAACUUGUAAAGGAUACACAAUAAUUCAGCAAGGCAUCUCUCAGAAUGGACCUUCAUCGUGUGGCUUGGCUGUGCACCUUUUUCUGCUUUGCGCAGGUCUGGUCUUUGCCAACAAACUGCAUCCUUAGGAAGGACUUGAUGGAGAAAACCCGUACAUUUAUAGAGACUGCGGGUGGCCUUUUCCCUUCGCAAUGCCUGGACGACCACGUUUCCAUAUCUUUCCCCAAAAAUGUGUUUGAGUCCAGUAACACGCUUCAGGUUACUGGUGUUGAAAAGGCUGUUUACCAGACACUCCAGAAAAUUGACGCACUGUUUGAGAACUACAGUGCUCCAGACCAGUGGGAUGAAGAAAAAAUGACUGACUUUCAAGGCAUCUUAUACCGGCAGAUUGAGGAGAGCAAAUGCAUCAUGAGCAAGUCUGGAGCGGAAGAGGAUUUUCCCAGCAGAGAAGCCUCUCUUAAGGUUUACUUCGAAGCUAUAUCCUCAACUCUGAAAGAAAAGGAUUUCAGUUUCUGCGCAUGGGAAAUCGUGAGAAGUGAGAUUCUCCGCACCCUGAACUUCAUAUUGAAGCACAACUCUGACAUCAUGUAUGAAUCUCCACAACCCUAGAUGCUUGCCUGCAUGCUUAUUUAUUUAUUUAUUUAUUUAUUUAUUUAUUUAUUCAUUUAUUUAUUUAUUUAUUUAUUUAUUGUCUUUGUGACUAUAGAGGUGUAUUCGCUUUCUAUGCCUGAUCACUGUAACGGAAAUAACUGUCACUUUCACUUUUGAUUUUGAUUGUUACAUCAUUUCCAUUCAGCACUGGACAGUUCACAAUUUGAACACCUCUUUAUUCAUACAUUCAGAAUGUUGUAUUUUUGUAUGUUUUUUGUAAUUACUUAAUAAAAGAUACAUU